AUGGAACUGCGGCCGCCGGGCGACUCGGGGCCCGCCGAGCCGGGGCCUGGCGUGAGCAGCCGGCGCGGCGCGGCCCCGGCGGCCCCGGCUGCGUCGCCGCCAAGCCAGGCCUGGGCCGAGGCCCGGAGCAGCUGGCCGACCGUGGCGGCCGUGCUGCCGGCGGGGGGCAGCGGGGAGCGGAUGGGCGUCCCCACCCCGAAGCAGUUCUGCCCGGUGCUGGAGCGGCCGCUCAUCAGCUACACCCUGCAGGCCCUGGAGAGAGUAUGUUGGAUAAAGGAUAUUGUUGUUGCAGUAACAGGAGAGAAUAUGGAAACAAUGAGAAGUAUUAUUAAGAAGUAUCAGCAUAAGCGGAUCUCCCUAGUGGAAGCAGGAGUGACCCGCCACAGGUCAAUUUUCAAUGGACUAAAAGCACUGGCAGAGGAUCAACCUGAUUCGAAGCUCUCUAAACCAGAAGUAGUGAUUAUUCAUGAUGCUGUGAGACCAUUUGUUGAGGAAGAUGUCAUCUUUAAAGUUGUUAUAGCCGCUAAAGAACAUGGGGCAUCAGGAGCUAUUCGACCUCUUGUAUCCACUGUCAUCAGUCCAUCUGAAGAUGGUAUUUUGGACCAUUCACUGGAACGUGCUAGACACAGAGCAAGUGAAAUGCCACAGGCAUUUCUGUUUGAUGUGAUCUAUGAAGCGUAUCAGCAGUGUAGUGACUAUGACUUGGAAUUUGGAACUGAGUGUUUGCAGUUGGCUCUAAAAUACUGUCAGACUAAAGCCAAACUUGUGGAAGGAUCCCCUGAUCUUUGGAAGGUGACCUACAAACGAGAUCUGUAUGCAGCUGAAUCGAUUAUUAAGGAACGAAUAUCACAACAAAUUUGCAUACUUAUGAGCACAAACGAAAAUGAAGAACAUAUUGUUGGACUCUUUGAAAAAAUGCUGAAAAAUGAACUAACUCAUGUAAGAGUUACAUCUGGGGCUCUAUGUCAUGCUGACAAAGAUCUUCAGAAAAUUAUCUUACAACAAUGCUACAAUUUUGUUUGUGUAAAUGAGAUGACCUGUGAUUUCCAAGAAACACAGAAAUUACUGAAUAUACUUCAAGAGAGUGAUCUUUCCAUUUUAUAUCCUGUUGUUGUUAUUUCAGUUCAUUUUCUGGAAUGUAAAUCAAUACCUUUUGGUCAGAAAAUGGAAAGCCUCAUGAAGAUUAGAGAAUAUGCACAGGAGGUGAAAAAAACAAAUAUUUUACUAUUUGGCCUUCUCAUACAUUACCCACAGUGUGAGAAGAAGCUACAGGAAACUUUAAAGCAAGGUGCUGCCAUUAUUGCUGCCAUAAUUAAAGAAAGAAAUCCUGGACUCAUUGGUCAGCUUCUAAUAGCAUGAAGAAUGCAGAGAAAACUACCUGCUAGAUUUUAGAAAUGUUUACUUAAGUAUCUCUUAUGUACUUUAUUCCUCAUGUAGUGAUAAAAUAUUUAAACUUUCUUUUAUAUCUCCUAAUCUGUAGAAAGUGAUACUUAGUUAUAAAAAUAUGCAUGCAAUGAAAAAUUUUAUGCAUGUCAAAUAUAAAUUAUCUGAAUCACCAGUGUACAUUUGAAAUGAACAAGUGUUAAAUAAUAGACUUCACAUAAAACAUAACUUUCACAGAGCCAUAGAAUUAAUGAUGGGUGAGAUAAGCCUCCAAGUAAUGAGAGUUGGGGGAAUUCUCAAUUAUUAUUUCUAUGUAAAUUAAUAAAUCAUGUUAAUGAAAUGAGUAAGACUCAUAAUUAUUCUUAAUCUUAAAUGAUCCUAUUUACAUUUAAUAUUUUAAACAUAAAUUUUAAUUUUCCAUGCCUUAAAAAAAUAGAAGGUAUGUGGUAGAAAACUCUGGUUUUGAACUCUAAUAAAACCUUAAAGGAGAUGUAAUUCCUCGCUUUUCUACCAUUUUAAACUGUGUAUUUUUCUUAAUUCAUGAAUUAUAGUAUUAAUUUACACUGUUUUAAAAGGUGUUCACUGAAAUAUAUAUCUAAUGUAUAAUAUUUUUCUAUUUUAUAUUUCAUUUUACAACUAUAUGUAUUCAGCCAUCAGAUAUUCUUUUUUAUUCUACAUAUGGUUUCACAUAUAAAUCAUAAAUUGUAUGAAAAAUUUUUGGUUAUAGAUAGAUUCUGAAUUAUCUACCUUGUCAUAUUGAUUCUUCUUAUCAUGUUGUAUGAUUUUCCCUAUGCUUCUGAAUUAUUAUUUAUCCAACUCCCUAUAGUAAUAGGAGAGUUUAUAUCCAACAUUUAAUUAAUACAGAAUAGAGUAUUACAGGCUUGGAUCUUUUACUGUAGUUCAUUAUACUAAGUGAAAUACGUCAGUUAGAUGGCACUUGAUAUAGAUUUCUGGGCUGCCUUCUUUUAUAUUUCUCUAAUAAUGUUAAGAAAUACAGAAUCACUUAAUUAAUUAUCAUGAAGGUGAAAAUAUGUGGGCAUUGUAUGUAUUUUCAUUAGAAUAUCUGUAUUAGGUGUACUGGCUUGAUUUAAAAGAUCCAUAUAGUGUACCUAUUAAGUAUUCAUGUGAAAAUGUUAAAAAAAAUUGAAAAUGAUGAUAUAGGCACAUGGGUAAUGUUACCAAGUUUUUAAAGAGCAGAGAGAGAAUUUAUGCAAGACAGGAGACUGCACAUUUUUGGUGGCACAGUAAAAUAUAUGUAAUGUGCCGACAAAAUUAUCUUUGAUUUCAGUUUAACAGUGAGAUGUUAAACCAAUAUAAAUCCAUUCUAGGAUGAUAUUAUGACAUCCUAGAGCAUCAGUAUGAAUUUAUAAUUGAUAAUUUUUAUGAGAUUUAGGUAAUAAAA